GUGACAUCUCCAGCCUUGAAAUUGUCUCCUUAUUCCCAGGGCAGCGUGCGGAGGAUUAUAUUGGAGAAUCCCGAGAAGGAGCCACUCUCUCCCCUUCGGAGAGGAGGAAAUAACGUGAUCUAUGAAAAGACGAUAAGGAAAUACGAGCUGCUAAAUCCAGAUGAGGAGAAGCAGUACCAAUAUGCCCUCCAGCAUACCCAGUCUGACCAGUGCCAAGUCAGCCAGCCAGUGGAACGAGUCCAGGUGGUCCAGCAAUGCCAAUCCAUGGGCAAUGCCUGUGACUCCACUCCUGUCUGUGUCAACGAUGUUGGAAGGGGUGGCAUUAAUAAAGUCAUCAUACAGACCUGUGAACCGGUGAGGUGCACCCAGGAGACCAAUGACCAGCUAGACUGCCGAUACUUUGGCGAGCUCCUAGCAGAGCUGCACCGCAAGAGCAACGACCUGUACAGCUGUUUGCUUCAGCACGUCGAGAAGCUGGGCGGAAGAAGAUACGAGCUGGAAUCUCUGAAUGAUACAGAGGAUAUUGAGAGCUUGAUUCCUAAAGGGCUUUCAGAGUCAACAAAACAGCAGAUCCGUUAUCUUCUGGAGAUGAGAAGAACAGCUGAUAAGUCGAUGCGGCUUGUCCUUGCUACGUUCAGCAACCUUCGAGAGGAACUUGUCCACUUGCAGGAUGACUUAGGGAAGCUGGAAACAGACAAGAUGCUGCUUGAGAAAGAUCUGACUUUCAAAGAAGCUCAAGUGAAAGAAUAUGAGAUGCUUUUGGCAUCUGUGCGAGAGAAUAAUCGUCAGCAGCAGCAAGCCCUCCGCGAAUACACUCUGAAGUGCCGUUCCCUGGAAGAACAGCUCCUCUCCAUCCGUCACAACGACAGCGAGCGGGAAUUCCGGCUGAAAGACCUGGAAUACAGCAAACGAGCCUUGGAGCAGGAAAUCCAGAACUUGAGACUCCAGACUUCCACCAAUCCUCUGGGCCAGACCACCACAGAUGAGCUCUCCAGCCGCUACGUAGAGAUGAUCAACCAACUCAGAGAGGAUAAGGACCGAGAGAUCCGCAAUCUGCGGUCCCAGUUGUCAGAAUUCCAGAGGGAUUUCACAAGAAAGCAAGGGAGCGACGUUGACCUCCAGAUGAAACUGCAAGAGUUUAUGCUCAAACUGGAAGAGAAGGAGGCUUGCAUCAAGCGGCAGGAGGAGGAAAUCUUCAGGCUGAGGCAAGAAAAACUAACCAUCACACCAUCCCAAGGAAUCACGAAGACCAUCAUCACAAAAAAAUACAGGAAUCAGUACCCCAUCCUCGGCCUCUUGUCAGAUGACUACAAAACUACAUCACCUCUUGGGGAAUCACAGACGAUUGUGAUUGAAAAAACUGGAGAAACCUGGAAGCAGGAAUCGUUUACUUCUGAUUAAAGAACUGCUGGCUUCUUUCAGGAACAAGCAAGUCUGCCGGAUAAGUUAUGGCUGA